CACCAAAUGUGUUGCGUUUGCGGCGGACGGCGGUACGUAGUCUCUGCGGCUCGCAAAUCGGGCGUGAAUCGGGAGUCAUAGGAUAAAGUGGAAUUGUACUUCCAAAGGGCACUAAAAAUGUUGUAGUUCUCCAUAAAAUAUAGUGUACGUGAAAAUAUCCUACUCCGUAAUAGCAAUAUAUUCAAAGCUUCUUGAACUUUGAGUUUCGGUUUAAAAAGUGAACUAACAAAAACGAAAAUGCAUCUUUAGGAUUUCUUAUCAUAAAUCCUUUUGGCACCACUAUUCUCAUAUAUAGUGAAACAUUUGAUAACAAUUUUUUUGAAAUGCUGUUUUUUUCAAAAGACAAAAUCUGGACUGAAAAAUAAGGAACCUAUAAAAUACAAGGUUACACCACUCAAGUAUAAAGAGCUUUAAAAGUUAUAUUUUGAAACAUAUUUACUUUGUGUUUUAAAAAAUAUUACAACAAAAUAAUAUAACCGUUUAAAGAGAAGUGUUCCAAAAUGACCAAAUACAAUAGUGGCAGCAGUGAAAUGCCCGCAAAUCACAACAUUAAACAGGAAUACAACAACGGCUAUGGCCAGCAAUCACAUCCUGGAUACGGAUUCAGCAGUUAUGGCCAACAGAAUCAGCUAUCCCAUCCCAGCCAGAAUCCGCACCAGACCCUACAGAAUUUCUUCAGCCGCUUCAAUGCCGUCGGAGAUGCGAGUGCGGGAAAUAAUGGCACUGCUUCGAUCUCCGCCUCUGGAUCGGGAUCCUCCUGCAAUUACAGCCAUGGAAAUCAUCCGGCGGAGUUGGACAAGCAGUUGGGCAUGACUAUGACCCCAUCGCCCAUCUACACCACCGACUACGAUGACGAGAACAGCAGUCUAAGUUCCGAGGAGCACGUCCUGGCGCCUCUCGUCUGCUCAUCCGCCCAAUCCUCGAGGCCCUGCCUCACCUGGGCCUGCAAGGCGUGCAAGAAGAAGAGCGUCACCGUGGACCGACGGAAGGCGGCCACCAUGAGGGAACGACGAAGACUGCGGAAGGUUAACGAGGCCUUUGAGAUCCUCAAGCGACGCACUUCAUCCAAUCCCAACCAGCGGCUGCCCAAGGUCGAGAUAUUGCGCAACGCCAUCGAGUAUAUCGAGAGCCUGGAGGACUUGCUACAGGAAUCCAAUCCAACACGCGAUGGCGACAACCUGGCGCCCAGUCUAAGCGGCAAAAGCUGCCAGUCCGAUUAUCUGAGCUCUUAUGCCGGUGCCUAUUUAGAAGAUAAACUGAGUUUCUACAAUAAGCACAUGGAGAAAUAUGGCCAGUUUACAGACUUUGAGGGCAAUGCCAAUGGCUCAAGCUUGGACUGUCUAAACCUCAUUGUCCAGAGCAUCAACAAGAGCACCACAAGUCCCAUUCAAAACAAGGCCACGCCCUCGCCUGCUGAUUCCAAGACGCCGCCCACAUCUGGAGCCACUGCACCCACAUCUCUGCAUGCGAACUUCAAGCGGAAAUGCAGCACUUAGCAUUAGGAUCUAAGACCCAACUAGGAAAUUGUAAAGCUAUUUUUUAAGAGGAUACACGAGAUACCCAGUGACCCGAAUAGGCCUUAAAUUAUUUGUAUAGCUUUAGCACUUAAUUAAACGGUAAUUGAAAACAG